GCGCGCACACCGGGACGUACAGCACCGGAACUGCGCGUCUUCUGACUUUGGAUGCGCAGAGCAGGAGGAAGAGGAAGAGCAAGAGGUGGACUUACUGUGUUCUUCUUCUCUAUGUGGCUGCGUGUGUUUUUUUGUUGUACCUAAAGUCUGGACUUCCAUAGAAGAGUGAGCCGGCUGAGGACAUACCAUCAAGCCGGAUCCCAGGUAACCACCGGGCAUCCGAGGAUCUCUCCGGUUCUGGACAGCAGGUGCCGACCUCCAUGCAGGCUCUCAGGAUGGGGAGUUCUGAGGAAGCUGCUUUGUUGGGCUGGGGCUCCUUCAUUCAGCUUGCAGCUUGAGAAAGAGGAGGAGGAGGAAGCAUCUCGGUGGAGGGGUUGGGCACCGAGGACCCGAGGCUGGACCCUAACCCACGGCCCGCCAGGCUCAGCACAACGGCAGCAUGUCCGCGCGCGGAGGCCCUUCAUGGAUGUGUCGCUCCACAGCAAAGGCCAACCUGGCGCUGUGGAUUGGACUGGCGUCCAUCAGCAUGGCCGCCGUUCAGACCCAGCAGCACCCGGUGGUCACCACCAAUUAUGGAAAAUUGCGUGGGGUGAAGGUAACGUUACCCAAUGAGAUCCUGGGACCCGUGGAACAAUAUUUGGGCAUCCCGUAUGCGCUGGCCCCGAUGGGGGAGCGGAGGUUUCAGCCGCCGGAGCCGCCCAUGUCGUGGCCGGGAAUCAGGAAUGCUACUCAGUUUGCUCCGGUUUGUCCUCAGUUCUUAGAGGACCGUUUUUUGCUUAACGAUAUGCUCCCGGUGUGGUUCACCGCCAACUUGGAUACAGUCGUAACCUUCAUGCAGGAGCAGAGCGAGGACUGCCUCCACCUGAACAUCUACGUACCCACGGAGGACGACAUCCACGAUGAGAACGGGCUGAAGCCGGUCAUGGUGUACAUCCACGGCGGCUCCUACAUGGAGGGGACCGGCAACAUGAUCGACGGCAGCAUCCUGGCCAGCUACGGCAACGUCAUCGUCAUCACCAUCAACUACCGGCUCGGGGUCCUGGGGUUCCUGAGCACCGGAGACCAGGCGGCCAAGGGCAACUACGGCCUGCUGGACCAGAUCCAGGCCCUCCGGUGGAUCAAGGAGAACAUCCCGGCCUUCAAGGGAGACCCCAAGAGGGUCACCAUCUUUGGGUCAGGGGCCGGGGCGUCCUGCGUCUGCCUGCUCACCCUCUCUCACUACUCAGAAGAUCUGUUCCAGAAGGCGAUCAUCCAGAGCGGCACGGCCUUGUCCAGCUGGGCGGUCAACUACCAGCCGGCCAAGUACACGCGAGUCCUGGCCGAGAAGGUGGGCUGCAACAUGCUGGACACCAUCGACCUGGUGGAGUGCCUGCAGAACAAGAACUACAAGGAGCUGAUCGAGCAGUACAUCAUGCCCGCCAAGUACCACAUCGCCUUCGGGCCCGUGAUCGACGGCGACGUCAUACCGGACGAUCCCCAGAUCCUCAUGGAGCAAGGGGAGUUCCUCAACUACGACAUCAUGCUCGGGGUCAAUCAGGGCGAGGGCUUUAAGUUCGUGGAGGGCAUCGUAGACAGCGAGGACGGGGUGUCCGCCAAUGAUUUCGACUUCGCCGUGUCGGAUUUCGUGGACCAUCUGUACGGAUACCCGGAGGGUAAGGACACUCUGCGCGAGACCAUCAAAUUCAUGUACACGGACUGGGCGGACAAGGACAACCCAGAGACUCGUCGCAAGACCCUGGUGGCUCUGUUCACCGACCACCAGUGGGUGGCGCCGGCAGUGGCCACGGCGGACCUCCACGCCCAGUACGGCUCGCCCACCUACUUCUAUGCGUUUUACCACCACUGCCAGAGUGAUAUGAAGCCCAGCUGGGCCGAUUCGGCUCACGGCGACGAGGUGCCGUACGUCUUUGGGAUCCCCAUGAUCGGACCCACGGAUCUCUUCAACUGCAACUUCUCCAAGAACGACGUGAUGCUGAGCGCCGUGGUCAUGACCUACUGGACCAACUUCGCUAAAACAGGGAAUCCGAAUCAACCGGUUCCACAGGACACAAAGUUCAUCCACACGAAGCCCAACCGCUUCGAGGAGGUGGCCUGGACCAAGUACAACCCCAAAGACCAGCUCUACCUUCACAUCGGCCUCAAGCCUCGAGUCCGGGACCACUACCGGGCCACCAAGGUGGCCUUCUGGUUGGAACUAGUUCCGCAUCUCCACAACAUCAAUGAAUUCUUCCAAUACGUAUCCACCACCACCAAAAUACCGCCGCAGGACACCACCCCGUACCCUUACACCAAGCGCUUCCCUGGCAAAAACACCUGGCCGUCCACCACGGGCCACCCGGGGGCCCCGCCCGCCGACGCCAAGCAGACCACCGACCAGCGCAAGAGCGGCGACCUGACGGACGAGUCCGCCGUGGCGAUGGAGACCAAGAGGGACUACUCCACCGAGCUGAGCGUCACCAUCGCGGUGGGCGCCUCCCUCCUCUUCCUGAACAUCCUGGCCUUCGCCGCGCUGUACUACAAGAAGGACAAGCGGCGGCACGAGUCCAACCGGCGGGCGCCCGCCCCGCAGCGCCACUCGGCGCCCGCCAACGCGCCCUCCGCCUCCAGCGACGUGGCCCACCUGCAGAGCGAGGCGCUGAUGUCGCUGCAGAUGAAGCAGCUGGAGCUGGAGCACGAGCACCACCACGAGUGCGAGUCGCUGCAGACUCACGACACGCUGCGCCUCACCUGCCCGCCCGACUACACCCUCACGCUGCGCCGCUCGCCCGACGACGUCCCGCUGAUGACGCCGAGCACCAUCACCAUGAUCCCCAACUCGCUGGCUGGCAUUCAGCCUCUGCACAACUUCAAUACCUUCGGCGGCAGCCAGAACAGUACCAACCUACCCCACGGCCACUCCACCACGCGGGUAUAGCUCCACCGGGGGGCGCUACGGCGCCGGUGUCCUUCUGGAUCGGCCACUGACCUCGCAAGGCCACGUACGAGUGGCUACGUGUGUGAAGCACAGACUGAGAAGAUGUUAUUUUGGUUCCAUGUCUUCUGGAAGAGCAUAUUCAGCAUAAACUGACCCCGGAAAUAUUCAAAGUGAAUGUUACUACAGUAUUAACUGGACUUGGCGCUAAGCUUCAUGGAUGGUUUUUGAGGAGUUUGACCAAAAGAGGCAACCAGGGGAAGACUAUUAUUAUUCUUACAAUAUCAGUGUGACAGGAAGCUUUUUCAGAGGCGUGUGUGCCAUGAAUACACAACGGGAAGACCACCCUCGUUGAAAAGCAACAAUUAAAAUGUAUGGAAUCAUCUUUUCAUGAUCCUUCAUGCAUCAGACUCGGGCACAGAAUUCUACACCCCAGCCUGAAAUGUAUUUAUGAAAACUUUGUAAAAAAAAAAAAUGAUAAAAAAGAAGAAAAAGAAAACAAGAAAUGAAAACACGAAAAGGGAAGUUUAGUUGUACGUGGACAUUUUUUAAGUCUAAAAAAAGAAACCGAUAUGUAUUUAAAAAAAAAUCAUUUUAUCAUUGUUUUUUCAUUAUUAUUAUUUUGGGCUGAAAUCUUUUGGGUCUCCCAGCCCGUGCUUUCUGUUUAGGUGCGUGUAAAUAUAUCCAAACGUUCAUUCUUAUUCUGACGAUCACAACCUGCAUUUCUAUGAUUUUCCACGGAACAACCAAAAUGCGAACACAAUCCCAUCAUCAUCACGUACAUCACCUUGUUCCCACUCUUUAAGCUGCGUUCACACCAAAAGCAUUCCGCGAAUAUUCUCAACGCUUUACUCGCGUGAGUUUACUCGCUUGACUAUUUGAGGCUUUUCGCGUCACUCGCUUCUUUCGCGCCUUAAAGGGGGCGGGGCUUAUCUCAUUUACUCCGUGGAAACAGUUAUCAUGUCCUUCAUCCAGCAUGAACAACUCACCACUAGUUCUGCUUCAUACUUGUUGAGGACAUCCCUCAAACGUCUGAACAUGUAACGCCCUCGUGAUUGGUUCAUAACAUUAAUAUCAUAUAUAUAUAUAUUUAUAGAUGACAUCACCCGUAGGCUCACACAGCUCAGUAACCUUCACCUCUAGUCUGAUUGUCUCUUCAGCUCCACGAGAGCAGCAGUUACAUUCACCAUAGGCGGAGCAGCUCAAAGGAUUGGCUUUCACAACUCGGCGUUGAGCGAAUUUUUUGCAAAAGUUAAAUUUUUCAACUUGAGGCGAAUGAGGCGAAUUUUUCGCCUCCCGAAAUUCGCAUCAUUGGCAACCAUUUGUAUCCAUACGCAAACAUUCGCGUCUUUUGGUGUGAACACAGCUUCAGACAUCACAUGUCCAGGAGGAGCUGGUCUUGUAUAUCUUAUAUCUUUCUGUCUUGCAAUGUCACCACUGCCUGAGCUUGCAAUGUGACCGGCAAUGUAUUAUUUGGAAUUUUAAAAUAGGCAGAGAUUUUGUUUUGUAUCAAUAUUAGUUGGAUAUGUUUGUAAAGGAACUAUAUGUUAGAUAUUUCAAAUUGUCAUAUGCUAGCAAUAUGUAAAGUAUAUUGCUGGACUUGUGUUAUUUUGGGUUACAAAAAGCAAGUGAAUGAGUGUAAAUAUUAAUGAUAUUAAUUAUUAUACAAUUACGACAAAAGUAACCGAUACCUCGUUUUUUUUCUCGUUUUUUUUGCAUCCCAUUACAAAAAAAUGGAAAGCAAUGGAAGUACAUCCAGAAGAAUUUAAGCUACAUUUGUACAUUCUAUAAAAGAUAUAUUCUUGCCAUUUGGUCCCUAAGCCAGUCAAGAAGACAAGGGUUUUAAUGUAGAGUUUUAAAAUCCUUAGUUGGUCUUAAUUUUGUUUGCGGUUUUGCCUUAAGUGAUAAUAGAGAUAUUUCUGGCUGGAAACCUGUAUAAACCUUUUCUGCAACAUUUUUUAAUAAAAUAUCACAGUAUUUUCUAAAAAAGAGAAAAAAACACA